AGAGAUCAGCAUCCUUCUACAGCAGACAUGGCCAGCAAAAUGCCUCAACCACGGCAACCAGACCUCAGGAUGGUGCUUGUUGGAAAAACUGGAGUUGGGAAGAGUGCAACAGGAAACACCAUCCUAAAAAGGAGAGCUUUUGAAUCUAAGCUGUCUCCUUCCUCCCUGACAACAGUUUGCAAGAAAGAAAUCGGAGAGUUUGAGGGUCAGACUCUGGCAGUGGUUGAUACUCCAGGUCUGUUUGACACCAGAAACCAGGAGGAGGUGACAAGAGAGAUAGUUAGAUGCAUCUCAUAUGCUGCUCCUGGUCCUCAUGUGUUCCUGGUUGUGAUCCAACCAAAUAGAUUCACAGAAGAAGAACAAAAAACUGUCAAACUAAUUCAGACGGUGUUUGGAGAGAAGGCAGCAGUUUACACCAUGGUGCUGUUCACUCAUGGGGAUGACUUGGAGGAGGAGGAGGUCUCCAUAGAGGACUUCAUUCAUAGAAGUUCACCUCUCUGCACUUUCGUCAAUCAGUGUAGGGGAGGUCAUCACGUCUUCAACAACAGAAACCGGGAACCAUCUCAGGUCCGAGAGCUGCUGAGGAAGAUCAACACAAUGGCUCAGAAAAAUGGAGGAAGCUUCUACACCAACGAUAUGUUACAAAAAGCCGAGAAAGCUAUAAGAGCAGAGACUAAGAUAAUUCAGAGGAGCAACCCAGGUACGGAUCCUAACAAGGCAAGGAGAAAGGCGGAGGAGAAAAACCAGUUUGUUCGGGAUGCAGUAAAGGUUGGAGCUGCUGCUGGAGGGGCUGCAGGAGUUGGCCUUGCUGUUGGAGCUGUUGCUGGUCCCGUUGGAGCUGUUGUUGGAGCUGCUGUUGGAGCUGGCUCACACCUCAGAGUGGUGCUGGUGGGUCAGGAGAGAGUCGGGAAGAGCUCAGCAGGAAACACCAUCCUGGGGAGGAAGGAGCUGGACUGCCGGUUCAGCUCCGUCCCUGUGACCCUGAACCCUCAGAAGGUAGAAGGUGAUGUUGAAGGUCGCAGAGUUUCUGUGGUGGACACCCCGGGCCUCUUCAGCAGCCUCAUGCCUGCAGAGCAGGUGAAGAAGAAGCUGCUGGAAGCGCUGGAGCUGAGCUCUCCUGGUCCUCACGUCUUCCUGCUCACCCUGCAGCUGGGAAGGUUCACCCCCCAGGAGCAGAAAGGAAUGGAGGUGCUGCAGAAGAUGCUGAGUCCUGAUGUCUCCAAACACACCAUGCUGCUGUUCACCUACGGAGACCGACUGGAAGANUUUUUGAAGCUGCAUGUCUCCUCUGACUGUGGAUGCUCAGACCUCAGAGUGGUGCUGGUGGGUCAGGAGAGAGUCGGGAAGAGCUCAGCAGGAAACACCAUCCUGGGGAGGAAGGAGCUGGACUGCCGGUUCAGCUCCGUCCCUGUGACCCUGAACCCUCAGAAGGUAGAAGGUGAUGUUGAAGGUCGCAGAGUUUCUGUGGUGGACACCCCGGGCCUCUUCAGCAGCCUCAUGCCUGCAGAGCAGGUGAAGAAGAAGCUGCUGGAAGCGCUGGAGCUGAGCUCUCCUGGUCCUCACGUCUUCCUCCUCACCCUGCAGCUGGGAAGGUUCACCCCCCAGGAGCAGAAAGGAAUGGAGGUGCUGCAGAAGAUGCUGAGUCCUGAUGUCUCCAAACACACCAUGCUGCUGUUCACCUACGGAGACCGACUGGAAGACACCGACAUGGAGCAGUUCAUCAGGGAGGACACCAACCUUCAGAAGCUGCUGAAGAGCUGCAGCGGCCAGUACCACGUGUUCAACAACAAGAAGAUGGAGGACAGGAAGCAGGUCCAGGAGCUGCUGGAUAAGAUCCAGGAGAUCUCACAGGAUGGCAGCUUGAUUUAUCAGAGAGAAGCUCAGUCUGGAAGCUGGUCCUCCCUUUUAACAUGCACAUUGUUUUAG